AGAGAGGAGCACGCGUGUCUCUGUACUACUGCAGACAGAGUUGCAGAUAACAGGGCUUGCGAAAGACCAGCAGGGAGGGGACGACCAACAACCAGUCACUAUGGUUUGGCCAUUUGGCAAACAUGAAUCUGCUGCUGCUGUGCGAAAUACUACGCAGCCUCCAAUUGUUUCACAUGACAACUCCACGGAAGUGGCUGGAUCUGGGGACAAGGCUGCUGAUGCCUUCAAAAAGAUUCAACAAGAGCUCAUGAAUCAGAUCAGUAAGAUCCCCUUACCCCCAUGGGCACUAAUAGCCAUUGCUGUGGUAGGCGGACUACUGAUUAUCACCUGCUGCUUCUGUAUUUGUAAGAAAUGUUGCUGCAAGAAGAAGAAAGGUAAAAAAGAAAAAGGAAAAGGAAAAGGAAUGAAGAAUGUACUAAACAUGAAAGACUUGAAGGGAGGCGGGGGACAGGAUGAUGAUGAUGAUGACGCAGAAACUGGUUUAACAGAAGGUGAAGACAAAGAGGACGAAGAAAAAGAGGAAGAAAAAUUUGGGAAGUUACAAUUCUCACUAGACUAUGACUUCCAAAAUAAUCAGAUACAAGUGGGAGUUAUCCAGGCCACUGAAUUACCUGCACUGGACAUGGGAGGCACUUCAGACCCUUAUGUGAAGGUGUUUUUCUUGCCAGAUAAGAAGAAGAAGUAUGAAACUAAAGUUCAUCGCAAGACACUAAAUCCCAUCUUCAAUGAGACAUUCACUUUCAAGAUACCUUAUCAAGAGCUUGGGGGAAAGACACUUUGUAUGUCCAUUUAUGAUUUUGAUCGAUUCUCCAAACAUGACAUCAUUGGAGAAGUGAAAGUUCCCAUGAACACUGUGGACCUAGGGCAACCAAUUGAGGAAUGGAGAGACUUACAGAGUGCAGAGAAAGAGGAGCCUGAGAAGCUUGGUGAUAUCUGUAUCUCCCUGCGUUAUGUUCCCACUGCUGGAAAACUUACUGUCUGUAUUCUGGAAGCAAAAAAUCUUAAAAAGAUGGAUGUGGGUGGUUUGUCAGAUCCCUAUGUUAAGAUUCAUCUAAUGCAGAAUGGGAAGCGUCUGAAGAAGAAAAAAACAACAGUGAAGAAAAAGACAUUGAAUCCCUAUUUCAAUGAGUCGUUCAGCUUCGAGAUUCCCUUUGAGCAGAUCCAGAAAGUUCAAGUUGUCAUCACUGUCUUGGAUUAUGAUAAACUGGGCAAGAAUGAGGCAAUUGGUAAAAUCUUCGUUGGAUGCAGUGCCACAGGAACCGAGCUCCGACAUUGGUCAGACAUGUUGGCAAAUCCAAGACGUCCAAUUGCACAGUGGCACCCUCUCAAACCUGAAGAAGAGGUCGAUCUCGCACUAGGCAGCAAGAAAUAAGAGGCUCUUCAUGCAUACACCCUUUCCCCUCAGUCCCCCUUUACCUUCACAUUCUGCUGUGCAGACUCAAAUCUACAAGCACCUUCAACUCACCCACACAGCUCUUGCAAUCACAAUAUAAUUAGAAGUAAAGGAGCACACCUUGAUGGUAUAUUGGCUUUUCAGAAUAUUGAUUGGUAUUUUGGGAAGCCAAACUAUUGAACUAAAUUAGAGCUGUUUGAGGGUGGAGAUGUUCGAGGAAUGUAUAUUCAAGAACACUUGAAAAUGUCAAGUGUUCUAGAAUAACCUUGAUUUAUACUGUUUUCUCUGAGUGUAUUUUGGAAAAAAAAGGUAGAUUUUUCACAGGUCUUCCAAAGAUAACUGGCUUUACUCAAAAAUAGCAAAUAAAUAAAUAUAUAAUAACACAGCCAUCGGUUCCUAAAAGCUUUGUAUUCCUUGAGCCACAUAAACAUCUGUUCUGGGCAAGCUAGUUAGACUUUUAUAUUGGACCAUAAACAUACCUAACAUGGUAUGUUUCAUAGGAUUAUUCAUUAUGGUCUGGAUUGUUCCUUUGAUUUAAUAAUUUCUUGUUGAAAUGUAUUCAGUGUUACUUUUUUAAUAUAGGGAUUCUGCCCACCCCAAAAUGAUAAAGGUCCACAACUCCCUUAAUGUUUUAAAGACUUUCAAUGCCAGAAGAGUAUAGUGGAAGACUAACAUGAUGAUUGUAGACCAACAACAUUUUGGGAGCUGCAAUUCAAUACUACUUUAAUAUUUUCUGUAAAAUGACCCUUGAAUGUGACUAUUCUGUAGAAUUAUUCUUUAAUUUUGGAAUGCAUAGUGUGAUUUAUUAAAAUCAGUUGGAGAAUCCCUUUUGGAUUUUUAGUGUUUUGCAGCUUUUCACAAUCGAUUGUCUUCCAUUUUUGUCCAAAGGACAAACAUGGCAUCACAUGUAUUUUGUGAUGCAAAGCCAAGGACAGGGCAGAUAUGCUCACAGUGUCAUCCAGUUCACAAUACAGAUAUUGUGGGUGGAGUUUUACUAGACAUUGAUUAGAUGAAGAUUGGGACAUAUGCUUAGCAGGGUGCUUUUCUAAAAUGUAUGUAUUUGUUGCUGCAUUGUACGCUGCAGUGAGGGAAAAUAUUUUAGAAAUAUGUGUUGACAGAUUUAGGUGCAAAACCUCUACAGGUUUGAUGCACAGAAUCAGCAAGACCUUGUGUUUGCAGUGAUGAUAUAUGAGGGUUUUUGGAGAAUAAGCAAGCAUCCUUGGGGGAGGCUGUGAGCUUUAAUGACAGAGAUCUCUGGAAUAUAUCAUAUCUACAAAGACCAGUAACUCUUGGCAAGAGGAAAUGGAAGUAAAUCAAAAUAUAUGUGCAAUGUAUUAAAUGCUAUGGAAGUUGCAGAAUAUGAUGCACUGAAACCAUGUUCUUCCAUAGUGUAGAGUGAAAGUGGUGUGUUGAAAGAAAAGUGCCAGUUUUCACAGUGGGAACAAAAACUAUUUUGAUGUCAAUGACUGCAGUGUUGUUUUUUUUUUUUUUGGUUUAAAUUUUGUUUAUUGAAAUUGCAAUACAAAAUACAGUAGGACACAUAGCGGCAAUUCUGUCGUGACAGCAGUGAGUGCAAAAUAUACAGAUAAAUCAAUUAAGAUGGCUGCAGUGUUUUGUUAGGGACCUUUAAAAUAUUUAUUUAGUCUGAUAUGUUUGUUCCCAGCAGUCAGUUAAAUCUGCCUCCUGAAAUUUAAAGAUACAUAUAGAAGGGAAUACAUCACCAUGUUUCUUUGUGCAUCUGUUUACAUUUAUGUUUCAAUAAUGAUUGCAGUCAUAAAAAAUGAGGCUUGUUAACCAUACAGUAAAGUUGUGCUGAAAGGAAAAAAAUGAUUUGCCAAAUUUAAGGAACACUCCAAGCACUAUAAUCAAUAUAGCCUGCUUAAUGGUUAUUGUGCCAGGAGUGCCUUGGCACUCUCGCAGAGUAAGUAGUCAAACCAGUUAAGAAUGGUUUGACACCUCACCUCGGGCUCACACGGAGCCUAGAGCAUGAAGCGCUUACCUCCAGUGAGCCUAGCUUGCUCAUUGGCUGAGCGUGUCAGCUGAGUGCUCUUAGCCAAUAGGCACAACCCUGCUUAACCUUGUGGCAGAGUGUCUGGUUCCAGAGGUGGCAAUGGCUAGUGCCUGGUGGGGUUACCAGCAGUUAACAGGUCAGUUGUCUACUUACUUUGGGAGGACACCAAGGAACUCUCGGCAUUAUGACCACUACUAAGGGUUGUAGUGUUGCUUUAAAGCUUGAAGUGUUGCUUUAAAGCUAUGAAACCAAAGUUUGAAAGAUUCUCCACCACAGCUUAGAUGCCAGCAUUUUUUUUUAUCAGUUCUUCACAACAUAGUUUACUGUUGAGCACAGUGAACAGAGCUGUAAUUAUCUGAGCAUUAGAAUGUUGUGCUAAAAUGUCCUAUGCACAAUAAGUACACCUGAGCCUAGUUCACUUUAACUCUACCUUGAAAUAAAGACACGUGGCAUUAUAGUCCAAUAAGAUACUUAAUUAUAUUAUGAAUAUAUAUUAGUCUAAGUUAUAUAUAAUGGCCCUUUCAAACAGGGGUACCAGAAGUCAACACUCAAGUGUGUAUUUUGAUAUUUAUACUGGUGCUUUUUUGUAGGUCAGGUGUGACAGUCGAAUUACCUUUUUUUCAUUUUUUAUAUGCUUAAAACAUAUGGCCUGAUGUUAAAAAAAAAAAAAAAAAAAUAUGUCUUGGUCUGCUUAUCUAGCUUCAAAAGUGAUAGCCUAAAAUGUAUGUCCUUGUGUAAUGUUGCAAGAAUGAGCUAUGGAGUGUGAGGACAGGAAAUAAGAAUUUUUCAAAGGGUUAAAUUGACACUUGCCAUUUUCAAGGACUUUUUAUUGUCAUAGGAAGCAUCAUUACUUGUUCUGCUUUCCAUAAUUCUACUGUUUGUAAGAUUAGUAUUUAGAUUAGUGGUUGAGUGGGUAGUCUGCCAUAUUUGUAAGCAUGGGAGUUCUAAGCCAAAAUAUCUGAUCCUGAAUACAAAAGAUUACCCAGAAAUUUAAAAUAACGGUCACCUGAAUGUUUCUAACCUCUUUAUAUAAAACAUCAUGUUGGCCAUCACAUAGUGUAACAGAAUUGCAUCGCACGUGGUAAAUAUUCAGAUACACUGAAUAAUAAUAAUACAAAUAAUAAUAUAAUUAUCACAUUAUUUGACCGCAUUCCUUUAAAAACUCAUUAGUUUCCAUCUUUUUCCUAGAGUAAAUUGCUUUUAUUUACAAAUGUAUACAUAAUGAUGCUGUUGACCUAGGAUUGAUGAAGUGAUAAGUGGAUCCUGUGGACACUAGAAAUAUUGCAACUGCAAUACUAAUUAAUGAGUUGCUGAUUACUGAGGAUAUAAUGCCAGUAUCCAUUCAAAAAACGUUAUAUAGGCUGUGCAUAAGCAACUAAUGUUAUUUUGAAACACCUGAUGAUGUACUCAUUCUUCAACCCUUCAUAAAUACUGUUAUAAAUAAAUAAAAAAGCGCUGAAUGCCAUCUGUGCCCAAAUAAAAUAUAGGUAUAUAAAAAAAGAUUUAUAGUUAUUUGUUACAUGCUGGACAGGUGGAUUGAGUAUGUUAAAGGAUCACUAUAGGGUCAGGAACACAAACAUGUAUAGUGUUUAACCCACCAUAUAGGUGACUUGCUCCCUAUCUCCUGUAGCCCCCCUAUAAAAGUAUAAAACUCACCUUAUUUCCAGCGCUGCAUGGGUCUAAGGAGUGGCCACUUGGAGGUGUCCCUAGGGGCAAUGUAAACACUGUCUUUUCUCUGAAAAGGCAGUGUUUACAUGAAAAUUCCAGAAUAACUAAAUUAAGCUGUAGUUGUUCUGGUGACUAUAGUGUCUCUUUAAAAAGUCAAUAGUGAAGUUGUAGAUGGAUAGGUAAAAUAAUUGGUUAUGUUAUAUAUGUGAAAAUGAGAUAUUAAGACAUUGUCCUAGGUGGCCCCCAAGUUAUAUUUAGUGCAUAUAUUUGGCUUAGCGGAAGCAAAAAGAGGUGUCACAGCCAAGAGUUAAGAUGCACAAACUAAAUGAAAUCACCAGAAAGCCACAGAGUGUCCUGCUUGGACUUUGCAAACAGGGUGUCUGUGUGCUUACAAAUUUGUGUGUUUGUGUGUGUACCUGACAGGGAGCCGGAGGUGUGCUUGAUAAUCUGUAUAUAAUAUGCAUGAGACAUUUUGUACAUAAUAGCAUGAGGGGAGGAGUGUGUGAUUGUUUGAAUGCAGUGGUGUGAAUCUCCCUCACCUUUAAAGCUCUUCACUAACGCACCAGGUCACCUCUGGCUUUAAGUAUCCACAAAUAAUUGGUUAGAUAUACUAUGCCUAAAAAUGCUCCUCCCCUUGUCAUACAUGCACUUGUACAUAUUUCUUGUGCAAUAUACUGCACCCAGUCUUUAAAGCCAGAGUAUUGAAGAUGUUUAGAAGUUAGGAUUGCAACAAUAGGUUUACCUUUUGACUCUUCCUCUGCAUAAAGGUGAUAUGAAUCUCUUCAACGGUUGUUUAACAUCUUUGCUGACAAUGAAUAUCAAAGCCUUUCAUUGUUUUCUAUGGCAGUGGAGAAGAAAUUGGAGUAUUAUAUGUUUGAAUACAUUUUGGAGUGGAGUUUGUGUUAAAGUUUUCUUUCUAUUUUCGAAUGUUCGCAUGCUAAAGAGGAAAAUAAAGUACAUAGAUAUAAAUAUAAAUAUAUAUAUAUAUAUAUUAUAAAUAGAAAAGGGGUAAUAAAGGGAAGGGUGUAUGUUUACUUUGAUUAUUUUCCCCUUGUGUGUGUCUGGUGUCUUGUAUCCUGCUAAAUGUUUACGGAUUUUUAUCCGGGCAAUAGACUCCACCCCUCACCCUGGCAUGGGGGUGGACUUUCCCUGCGUCUUGUGGCGUCUAAACCCUUUUGCCAUGCUGAGAUAUAAAAGCCAUAAUUCCUGAGAGCUGGGAUCCGAGAGGAUACCCAGACUAAAUAUGCAUGUAAACUGUCUUUGUCUUUAUGUUUUCAGACAGUGGGUGGGGUGGAGCUUAUGGAAAGUUUCUCUUAAUGGAUCUUUGUUUCCUUUCCACCCAACUCUGUGUUCUCUGUUUAAGUUUAUUGUUGUCUUUGUUAUUUUGUAAAAUGUCUCCUUAAUAAAGAAAUCUGAUUUAAUUGUGA